UAAAAAAAAAUGGCGCGCCGGCUCUACCACUACCUACAGGCUACAGUGUAGAAGAAGGAAAGGGAAGAGCGGAGAAAGAGAAAAGAGACGGAGAUCUGAGCUUCUUCUGUUCUUCCGAGGAUGACGAUGAUGAUCAACUCCAUCAACAUUUAUGUCCUUCUUCUUCUCCUCAUCUCUCCGGCAGUCGUAAUCGCUGAGAUUCGAUCCUCCGAGAUUCGCAACGAUGCACGUGGCAUCAUCCCCUUGGACGAGUUCGGCUUCACUCACCGGGGCCGCCUCGACCUCAACGUCUUCUCCAUCUCCCUCUCCUCCGACCCCUCCUCUCUCGACCUCUCCCGCCUCGGUUUCUUCCUCUGCACCCGCGAUGCCUGGUUUCACGUCCUCCGCCAGAUCGACGACUCCCAGAUCACCUGCGCCCUCCAGUCCGACGCCGUCGAUCUCGUCUUCACCUUCGACUCCCUCCCUAACCCCCCCAUUUCCUUCUCCAAACCCCACAACAUCUCCAUCCCUGAUCAGUACUCUCUCGUCUUCGCCAGCUGCCUCCCCAACCUCCGCGUCUCCAUGAAAGUCCACUCCGCCAUGUACAAUUUGCAACCCGGUCCCUACUCCAACCGCCGCGAUUAUCUCUCCGCCGGUAAAACCCCCCUCCCCACGAUUUAUUUCUUGUUUUCGCUCGUCUAUUUCGCCUUGGCCGCCCUCUGGAUCCAUGUUCUGUACAAGAAACGCUUGACCGUCUUCGCCAUCCAUUUCUUCAUGCUCGCCGUGGUUAUCUUGAAGGCCCUCAAUCUCCUGUGCGAGGCCGAGGACAAGUCUUAUAUUAACCGAACCGGGAGCGCCCACGGAUGGGAUGUCUUGUUCUACGUGUUUAGCUUCUUCAAGGGGAUUACCCUCUUCUCUUUGAUUGUGUUGAUUGGGACUGGGUGGUCCUUUUUGAAGCCCUACUUGCAGGACAAGGAAAAGAAGGUUUUGAUGAUCGUCAUUCCUCUUCAGGUCGUUGCUAAUAUAGCUCAGGUUGUGAUUGAUGAGUCCGGGCCGUUUGACCAAGAUUGGGUCACGUGGAAGCAGGUUUUCCUGUUGGUGGAUGUAGUGUGCUGUUGUGCCGUCUUGUUCCCGAUUGUUUGGUCUAUAAAGAACUUGCGCGAGGCUGCCAGGACUGAUGGCAAGGCUGCUGUGAAUUUGAUGAAGUUGACCUUGUUUAGGCAGUAUUAUAUCGUGGUCAUCUGCUACAUUUACUUUACGAGGGUGGUGGUGUAUGCGUUGGAGACCAUCACUUCGUAUAGGUAUCUCUGGACCAGUGUUGUGGCUGGGGAGUUGGCCACUCUUGCCUUUUAUGUUUUCACUGGCUACAACUUUAAGCCUGAAGCGCACAAUCCCUAUUUUGUGGUUGAUGAUGAAGAGGAGGAGGCUGCGGCUGAGCAGUUGAAGCUUGAAGAUGAAUUUGAAUUGUGAGCCAGAUGAUACCUGGUCAAGCAUUGGAUACCUGUCAGUUUGUCGGAAGAUGGGAAGGACAUGCACUAUCAGAUUUGCUUAUUUGGAUCCUGUUUCAGCUCUGACUCCUUCGGUGUAAACUGUAAACUGCUCGAUGAUGCAUCAGUUUUGUGUCAAUUUUCAAUUCAAGGUUGGAGUUGGAGUUGGAGUUGGAGUUGUAGUGUAGGUUAAUAUGGAUGCUAAAAGGAGGAGCGCCCUGCUAGGCUGCCAGCCAGCUUGGCGGCUUUUGUUUCUUUUGCCUUAACAGGAUUGAACCCACAAAAACGAAGGAAGCUGGACAGCAAUCAUAGCAAAAGUGGAGGAUGUGGGCUUCAGUGAAAUGACAAUAAACUACUCUUCCUUUAACGCACCAAUAAUUUUGAGACGUCCAACGGAAUGUACUACGAGGCUCGAAUCCUCUUAUUUACAG